GUAAGGUUCUGGAAGACGGCGGAGCUUCCGCCAUUUUGCGGGAAGAGGAGCAGCUCUACCUGCAUCGCUGCUUUUCUUGCCUAGACUCUAGGAAAUAUCUGAGCUUCACUCCCCACAACAUACCGAAAGGAACGGAGAGAACCGGGACCCCCCUGCGGGGAACCGGAACUGCAGUGGAGUCUACCUGCUGGCUUGUGCUGUGACGAGGUCUAGGAACUGACGUGAUUGUGGGUCUCUAAUGCUGUUUUUGGAGCAGGAUGGAAGAAAACACGAUAUUCUAUCUGACAGGAUGGCAUCUGAUGACUUUGAUAUAGUGAUUGAGGCCAUGCUGGAAGCUCCCUAUAAAAAAGAAGAGGAUGAGCAACAAAAGAAAGAAGUUAAAAAGGAUUAUCCUAGCAAUACCACCAGCAGCACCAACAACAGUGGCAACACUGGGACCAGUGGAAGCAGCACCAUCGGGGAGACAAGCAAGAAGAAGAGGAGUCGGAGCCAUAGUAAAAGCAGGGAUAGAAAGCGCAGUCGUAGUCGAGAUCGGGAUCGGUAUAGACGGAGAAACAGUCGGAGCCGAAGUCGAGAUCGGCAGCGUCGUCACGGUAGCCGUAGCUGGGAUCGUCGACAUGGUAGUGAGUCGCGAAGUCGGGACCGUCAUCAUGAGGAUCGUGUGAGCUACAGGAGUCCUCCACUUGCCACUGGUUAUAGGUAUGGACACAGUAAGAGUCCUCAUUUCAGAGAGAAGAGCCCAGUCAGGGAACCAGUUGAUAAUCUGAGUCCUGAGGAGCGUGAUGCCCGCACAGUUUUCUGUAUGCAGUUAGCUGCCCGCAUUCGGCCUCGAGAUCUGGAGGACUUUUUCUCUGCUGUAGGCAAGGUUCGCGAUGUACGUAUCAUCUCAGAUCGGAACUCACGUCGUUCUAAGGGCAUUGCCUACGUGGAAUUCUGUGAAAUCCAGUCUGUGCCACUGGCCAUUGGGCUGACUGGGCAGCGGUUGCUGGGAGUGCCUAUCAUUGUACAGGCUUCACAGGCAGAGAAAAACAGACUGGCGGCCAUGGCCAACAACCUGCAAAAGGGCAGUGGUGGACCAAUGCGCCUCUAUGUGGGUUCCCUGCACUUCAAUAUCACUGAAGACAUGCUCCGGGGCAUCUUUGAGCCCUUUGGUAAAAUUGAUAAUAUUGUCCUGAUGAAGGACUCAGAUACAGGCCGCUCUAAAGGUUAUGGUUUCAUCACGUUCUCUGAUUCUGAGUGUGCCCGGCGGGCCCUGGAACAGUUGAAUGGCUUUGAGCUUGCUGGUCGACCUAUGAGGGUUGGCCAUGUGACUGAGCGACUGGAUGGUGGCACAGACAUCACUUUCCCUGAUGGGGACCAGGAGCUGGAUCCGGGAUCGGCAGGUGGACGUUUGCAGCUCAUGGCAAAACUGGCAGAAGGCUCUGGAAUCCAACUGCCAACCACUGCUGCUGCCGCCGCUGCUGCUGCCGCUGCUGCCCAAGCUGCUGCCUUGCAACUGAAUGGAGCAGUUCCCUUGGGGGCCCUGAAUCCAGCAGCUCUGACUGCUCUGAGUCCAGCCCUGAACCUUGCCUCCCAGUGCCUCCAGCUGUCCAGCCUCUUUACCCCCCAGACCAUGUAAAUCAGUGGCACCUUGUGCCUCUGGAUCCUGCCACUUCACAUCUACUCUUCCAUGGCCCCGUUUCUUCAUUUUGUGGACCAAGCCAUCCUGAGGGUAUGGACAUUGUCUCUGAGGAAAUUGGGGCCACCCUUAAGGUACCAAGAAGAGCUCCUGCCCAUGGCUCCACUGGAAAUGGAUUCUGUUGAACAAAGCCCCCAGUUGAAGAGAACAGAAUCCACACCUGUAUUGAAUACCUGUUUCUCCAUGUGUAUCGUCUCUGAGAUUACCUUCUUGCCCUUUCCAACACCUUAGUGAUUCCUCAAUUCCUCCCCCAUUGGGAAGGCCAUAGGGCAUUAACUGAAGGAACUGGCCUCUCUCCUUUUCCUGUACCUUUACCCUUUAGUCUGUCAAGGAAAACCUUAGGACCUCGGAAUCAAGAGGACUGAGUUUGUGGGUGAACCUUGAAGGUGCUCUUUCUGCUACAGGAGCCCUGGGAGAUAGCAUGGACAUGUGCAUUGAGAAGCCAGCCUCAGACCUUAGCUUGAAGUAGCUUGAGGCAAGACCUGCUGUAGGCUCAGCAUCUUGCUAGGAGGCAUGGGAGUGAUCCAUCCUGCCAGGCAUUUAGGGGCUUUCAGAAAUUUAGUAAAAGGUGGAGCGUACCUUUCCAGUAUCUUCCAUCUUCAUAUGUAUAUUUGUCCUCCCUCCCAUUUCCUCCUUUUGUCCCAGGGUGGGAGGAUGGAGGGAGGCUGCUACUCUCUACCACUUCCUGUGUGCUUCUACUGUGGCCUCAACCCUGGCAAUUAAAGCUGCUCCCAUCCCCUACCUGGGCAUGUGUGAGCCCUUCUCACUGGAUUUUAUACCCUUGUGUCUGUGUACAUAAAUAUAUAUACAUAUAUAUAUAUAUAUAAACUUUGUACAAAAGGCAAGCC